AGUUCGCGCCGCGCCUCGGCUUGGAGCGCAGCAGCGCCGGCUCCGGGAGCCCGAGCGGAGCCAGCCGCGCGCACAGCCAGCGGCCGCGCCGGCGAUGCGGGGCCACCCCGCGCCCGCCCCAGUCCCGGCCCCGGCCCCCGCGGGAAGGGGCUGAGCUGCCCGCCGCCGCCCGGAUGGCGAGCCUCGCCGCGCUCGCCCUCAGCCUGCUCCUGAGGCUGCAGCUGCCGCCACUGCCCGGCGCCCGGGCUCAGAGCGCCGCAGGUGGCUGUUCCUUUGAUGAGCACUACAGCAAUUGUGGUUAUAGUGUGGCUCUGGGGACCAAUGGGUUCGCCUGGGAGCAGAUUAACACAUGGGAGAAACCAAUGCUGGACCAGGCAGUGCCCACAGGAUCUUUCAUGAUGGUGAACAGCUCUGGGAGAGCCUCUGGCCAGAAGGCCCACCUUCUCCUGCCGACCCUGAAGGAGAAUGACACCCACUGCAUCGACUUCCAUUACUACUUCUCCAGCCGUGACAGGUCCAGCCCAGGGGCCUUGAACGUCUACGUGAAGGUGAAUGGUGGCCCCCAAGGGAACCCUGUCUGGAAUGUGUCCGGGGUCGUCACUGAGGGCUGGGUGAAGGCAGAGCUCGCCAUCAGCACUUUCUGGCCACAUUUCUAUCAGGUGAUAUUUGAAUCCGUCUCAUUGAAGGGUCAUCCUGGCUACAUCGCCGUGGACGAGGUCCGGGUCCUUGCUCAUCCAUGCAGAAAAGCACCUCAUUUUCUGCGACUCCAAAACGUGGAGGUGAAUGUGGGGCAGAAUGCCACAUUUCAGUGCAUUGCUGGUGGGAAGUGGUCUCAGCAUGACAAGCUUUGGCUCCAGCAAUGGAAUGGCAGGGACACGGCCCUGAUGGUCACCCGUGUGGUCAACCACAGGCGCUUCUCAGCCACAGUCAGUGUGGCAGACACUGCCCAGCGGAGCGUCAGCAAGUACCGCUGUGUGAUCCGCUCUGAUGGUGGGUCUGGUGUGUCCAACUACGCGGAGCUGAUCGUGAAAGAGCCUCCCACGCCCAUUGCUCCCCCAGAGCUGCUGGCUGUGGGGGCCACAUACCUGUGGAUCAAGCCAAAUGCCAACUCCAUCAUUGGGGAUGGCCCCAUCAUCCUGAAGGAAGUGGAAUAUCGCACCACCACAGGCACGUGGGCAGAGACCCACAUAGUCGACUCUCCCAACUAUAAGCUGUGGCAUCUGGACCCCGACGUUGAGUAUGAGAUCCGAGUGCUCCUCACACGACCAGGUGAGGGGGGUACGGGACCGCCAGGGCCUCCCCUCACCACCAGGACCAAGUGUGCAGAUCCGGUGCAUGGCCCACAGAACGUGGAAAUCGUAGACAUCCGAGCCCGGCAGCUGACCCUGCAGUGGGAGCCCUUCGGCUACGCGGUGACCCGCUGCCAUAGCUACAACCUCACCGUGCAGUACCAGUAUGUGUUCAACCAGCAGCAGUACGAGGCCGAGGAGGUCAUCCAGACCUCCUCCCACUACACCCUGCGAGGCCUGCGCCCCUUCAUGACCAUCCGGCUGCGACUCUUGCUGUCUAACCCCGAGGGCCGAAUGGAGAGCGAGGAGCUGGUGGUGCAGACUGAGGAAGACGUUCCAGGAGCUGUUCCUCUAGAAUCCAUCCAAGGGGGGCCCUUUGAGGAGAAGAUCUACAUCCAGUGGAAGCCUCCCAAUGAGACCAAUGGGGUCAUCACGCUCUACGAGAUCAACUACAAGGCUGUCGGCUCGCUGGACCCAAGUGCUGACCUCUCGAGCCAGAGGGGGAAAGUGUUCAAGCUCCGGAAUGAAACCCACCACCUCUUUGUGGGUCUGUACCCAGGGACCACCUAUUCCUUCACCAUCAAGGCCAGCACAGCAAAGGGCUUUGGGCCCCCUGUCACCACUCGGAUCGCCACCAAAAUUUCAGCUCCAUCCAUGCCUGAGUACGACACAGACACCCCAUUGAAUGAGACAGACACGACCAUCACAGUGAUGCUGAAACCCGCUCAGUCCCGGGGAGCUCCUGUCAGUGUUUAUCAGCUGGUUGUCAAGGAGGAGCGACUUCAGAAGUCACGGAGGGCAGCUGACAUUAUUGAGUGCUUUUCGGUGCCCGUGAGCUAUCGGAAUGCCUCCAGCCUCGAUUCUCUACACUACUUUGCUGCUGAGUUGAAGCCUGCCAACCUGCCUGUCACCCAGCCAUUUACAGUGGGUGACAAUAAGACAUACAAUGGCUACUGGAACCCUCCUCUCUCUCCCCUGAAAAGCUACAGCAUCUACUUCCAGGCACUCAGCAAAGCCAAUGGAGAGACCAAAAUCAACUGUGUUCGUCUGGCUACAAAAGGUGCCUCCACCCAGAAUUCUAACACUGUGGAGCCAGAGAAGCAGGUGGACAACACCGUGAAGAUGGCCGGCGUGAUCGCUGGCCUCCUCAUGUUCAUCAUCAUUCUCCUGGGCGUGAUGCUCACCAUCAAAAGGAGAAGAAAUGCUUAUUCCUACUCCUAUUACUUGAAGCUGGCCAAGAAGCAGAAGGAGACCCAGAGUGGAGCCCAGAGGGAGAUGGGGCCUGUGGCCUCUGCCGACAAACCCACCACCAAGCUCAGCGCCAGCCGCAAUGAUGAAGGCUUCUCUUCUAGUUCUCAGGACGUCAACGGAUUCAAUGGCAGCCGCGGGGAGCUUUCCCAGCCCACCCUCACGAUCCAGACUCAUCCCUACCGCACCUGUGACCCUGUGGAGAUGAGCUACCCCCGGGACCAGUUCCAACCCGCCAUCCGGGUGGCUGACUUGCUGCAGCACAUCACGCAGAUGAAGAGAGGCCAGGGCUACGGGUUCAAGGAGGAAUACGAGGCCUUACCAGAGGGGCAGACAGCUUCGUGGGACACAGCCAAGGAGGAUGAAAACCGCAAUAAGAAUCGAUAUGGGAACAUCAUAUCCUACGACCAUUCCCGGGUGAGGCUGCUGGUGCUGGAUGGAGACCCGCACUCUGACUACAUCAAUGCCAACUACAUUGACGGAUACCAUCGACCUCGGCACUACAUUGCGACUCAAGGUCCGAUGCAGGAGACUGUAAAGGACUUUUGGAGAAUGAUCUGGCAGGAGAACUCCGCCAGCAUCGUCAUGGUCACAAACCUGGUGGAAGUGGGCAGGCACCCAGCGGAACACACUGUGGGAAAUGCCACUCUAGGCCGUGCGGCGUCCCCCGGAAUGGUGAAAUGUGUGCGAUACUGGCCAGAUGACACAGAGGUCUACGGAGACAUUAAAGUCACCCUGAUUGAAACAGAGCCCCUGGCAGAAUACGUCAUACGCACCUUCACAGUCCAGAAGAAAGGCUACCAUGAGAUCCGGGAGCUCCGCCUCUUCCACUUCACCAGCUGGCCUGACCACGGCGUUCCCUGCUAUGCCACUGGCCUUCUGGGCUUCGUCCGCCAGGUCAAGUUCCUCAACCCCCCGGAAGCUGGGCCCAUAGUGGUCCACUGCAGUGCUGGGGCUGGGCGGACUGGCUGCUUCAUUGCCAUUGACACCAUGCUUGACAUGGCCGAGAAUGAAGGGGUGGUGGACAUCUUCAACUGCGUGCGUGAGCUCCGGGCCCAAAGGGUCAACCUGGUACAGACAGAGGAGCAAUAUGUGUUUGUGCAUGAUGCCAUCCUGGAAGCAUGCCUCUGUGGCAACACUGCCAUCCCUGUGUGUGAGUUCCGUUCUCUCUACUACAAUAUCAGCAGGCUGGACCCCCAGACAAACUCCAGCCAAAUCAAAGAUGAAUUUCAGACCCUCAACAUUGUGACACCCCGUGUGCGGCCCGAGGACUGCAGCAUUGGGCUUCUGCCCCGGAACCAUGAUAAGAAUCGAAGCAUGGACGUGCUGCCUCUGGACCGCUGCCUGCCCUUCCUUAUCUCAGUGGACGGAGAAUCCAGCAAUUACAUCAACGCAGCACUGAUGGAUAGCCACAAGCAGCCUGCCGCCUUUGUGGUCACCCAGCACCCUCUACCCAACACCGUGGCAGACUUCUGGAGGCUGGUGUUCGAUUACAACUGCUCCUCUGUGGUGAUGCUGAAUGAGAUGGACACUGCCCAGUUCUGUAUGCAGUACUGGCCUGAGAAGACCUCCGGGUGCUAUGGGCCCAUCCAGGUGGAGUUCGUCUCCGCAGACAUCGACGAGGACAUCAUCCACAGAAUAUUCCGCAUCUGUAACAUGGCCCGGCCACAGGAUGGUUAUCGUAUAGUCCAGCACCUCCAGUACAUUGGCUGGCCUGCCUACCGGGACACGCCCCCCUCCAAGCGCUCUCUGCUCAAAGUGGUCCGACGACUGGAGAAGUGGCAGGAGCAGUAUGACGGGAGGGAGGGACGUACUGUGGUCCACUGCCUAAAUGGGGGAGGCCGUAGUGGAACCUUCUGUGCCAUCUGCAGUGUGUGUGAGAUGAUCCAGCAGCAAAACAUCAUUGACGUGUUCCACAUCGUGAAAACACUGCGUAACAACAAAUCCAACAUGGUGGAGACCCUGGAACAGUAUAAAUUUGUAUACGAGGUGGCACUGGAAUAUUUAAGCUCCUUUUAGCUCAAUGGGAUGGGGAACCUGCCGGAGUCCAGAGGCUGCUGUGACCAAACCCCCUUUUGUGUGAAUGGCAGUAACUGGGCUCAGGAGCUCCGAGGCGGCACCCUGCCUGACUCCAAGGAGAAGACUGGUGGCCCUGUGUUCCACGGGGGGCUCUGCACCUUCUGAGGGGUCUCCUGUUGCUGUGGGAGAUGCUGCUCCAAAAGGCCCAGGCUUCCUUUUAACCUAACCAGCCACAGCCAAGGGCCCAAGCAGAAGUACACCCACAAGCAAGGCCUUGGAUUUCUGGCUCCCAGACCACCUGCUUUUGUUCAGAGUUUGUGGAUCUCUUGGCAAGCCAACUGUGCAGGUGCUGGGGAGUGGGAGGCUCCCCUGCCCUCCUUCUCCUUAGGAGUGGAGGAGAUGUGUGUUCUGCUCCUCUACGUCAUGGAAAAGAUUGAGGCUCUUGGGGGUCACUGCUCUGCUGCCCCCUGCAACCUCCUUCAGGGGCCUCUGGCACCAGACAUUUGCAGUCUGGACCAGUGUGACCUUACGAUGUUCCCUAGGCCACAAGAGAGGCCCCCCAUCCUCACACCUAACCUGCAUGGGGCUUGGCCCACAACCAUUCUGUACCCCUUCCCCAGCCUGGGCCUUGACCGUCCAGCAUUCACUGGCCGGCCAGCUGUGUCCACAGCAGUUUUUGAUAAAGGUGUUCUUUGCUUUUUUGUGUGGUCAGUGGGAGGGGGUGGAACUGCAGGGAACUUCUCUGCUCCUCCUUGUCUUUGUAAAAAGGGACCACCUCCCUGGGGCAGGGCUUGGGCUGACCUGUAGGAUGUAACCCCUGUGUUUCUUUGGUGGUAGCUUUCUUUGGAAGAGACAAACAAGAUAAGAUUUGAUUAUUUUCCAAAGUGUACGUGAAAAGAAACUUUCUGUUGGAGGGUGUAAAAUCUUAGUCUCUUUUGUCAAAAAGAAGGGGGUGGGGCAGUUUGAGUGUGUACCUCUAAAACAAAUCUCUCGGGCCUUUUAUUUUUUCCUGGCAAUGUCCUUAAAAGCUCCCACCCUGGGACAGCAUGCCACUGAGCAAGGAGAGAUGGGCGAGCCUGAAGAUGGUCCCUUUGGUUUCUGGGGCAAAUAGAGCACCAGCUUUGUGCAUAAUUUGGAUCUCCAAAUUUGAACUCCUUCCUAAAGAAACCCAGCAGCCACCUUGAAAAAGGCCAUUGUGGAGCCCAUUAUACUUUGAUUUAAAAUAGGCCAAGAGAAUCAGGCCUGGAGAUCUAGGGUCUUGUCCAAAGUGUGAGUGAGUCAGUGAGAGGGAACCAACAUUUGCUAAGUCUCUACUGUAUGCCAGGGAUCAUGCUUGGCACUUUCCAUAGGACAUUUCACACAGUCCUUAGAACCCCCAGGAGAGAGCUACUGACUUGUUAUCAUCUCCAUUUGAUCAUCUCCUCCAAUGAGGAAACCCAGGCACCUUCCUCAGUAAUGAAAUCCUGGGUUCCAAAGGGGCAGGUAAUGGCAAUGAGACUUCUCCGUGCUGUUUUCUUCAUCUUCUGUAAGCCAAGCAAUUAUUUUAUGGAGGGAAAAUAAGGCCAGAAACUUCUGAGCAGAUAACUCCACAAAUGGAAAUUUAGUACUUUCUUCCUGACGCCAGUUCUUCUGGGAAGCGCAGAAUUUCAGAUAUAUUUUAGUAACACAUUCCCAGCUCCCCAGGAAAGCCAGUCUCAUCUAAUUUCUUAGUCAGUAAAAACAAUUCCCUGUUCCUUCAGGCUAUGAAGGGACCAGCCAGGGACACUCUUGACCUUGAUCUCUAGCCAGUGCUUAGGCCCAAUAUCUGACAGCCUCAGGUGGGCUGGGACCUAGGAAGCUCCAUCUUGAAGGCUGGUCUAGCCCCAGACAGGGCAUGAGGGGCAGAGAAUUCAAGAAGGUACAGCUUUGGCCCUCAAGAGCCCACUGUAUGCUUGGGAAAUGGAACCAUGGUGCAGUAGUGUGGAGUGGAUGAGUGUUCCAUGAGCCUAGGAGCAAGAAAGUCUCUUCGGCCUUGGGCUUCCUGGAGAAGGGGACGUCCAUUCCUGCUGGGUCUUAAUAAGCAGAAAAAGGAAAAAAAAGGAAACUCAGGCAAAGGGAUCCAUAUGUGCAAUGGCAAAGAAAUGUGAAAAGGCAUUGGGAGAAGCAGUCUGGGGGAGGCCAGCCCAGUGCGGGCACAGCACAACACGGGGAGCAGCAGAGAUGAGCCAGGGUCCAGGAGACAGAUGCCCAUCGCGAGUGCAGACUUUGUCCUAUUGGCAACAAGGAGUCCACGGAGCUUUAGAGAGAUGCACUCAGCUUCGUGUUGGCCAAGACUCCCUCUGGGCCAAUGGGGCUGCCUCUUUUCCUUUCAUCAGACACUGUGAAAACAUUCCCUUAAGCGUGCACUUUUUAAUAUCACAUCUAUUUGUCUGUCUGCUCAUUGUUUUGUUGCUGGAACUAAAUAUGCAGUGGAUCAUGAGACUCAGAUUCUAUGAGAAACCCAGGGUCUCUGAUUUACCACGGAGGAGGGUCACCAACCCAGAUCUCCAGGCUCAUGAGGAUGGAACAUGAAAGGAGCCCACAAAAGUUGCUUCCAUUGGCAUGGGCUCUGGAGCUGUCCAGAAGUCCAGGGACACCAGACUUGAUCAAGGAAGGGCUGUCACUUUAGAGGUUCAAAAGGAAGUGCCUCAAAGAAAAGGCAAGCAAAGGAACCCCACGAUGAACUUGCUCUUUUCCUUUCAUGAGCCUCUCCCCAGGUGUAUUUCAGCAGACCCCGGGGACCCACCCCCACUGGGCCUGCUGGCCUCCCUCGGCUCCAGCCCAAUGCCCCAGCUGGCCUUCCCCAGCCUGCAAGAAGCCUGUAGCAUGGCAAAUCCGCCUGCUGUAUGCUAUUUUCUUAGAUCUUGGUACAUCCAGACAGGAUGAGGGUGGAGGGAGAGCUAUUUAACACAAAUCCUAAGAUUUUUUUCUGCUCAGGAAGGGGUGAAAUAGCUGGCAGAUACAAAAGAAAGUGGCUUUUAUCAUUUUAAAUGGUAGAAAUUUAAAGUGUGACUUCAGGGAGAAAAAAACUUGCAACAACAACAACAACAAAAAUCUCAGGCCAUGUUGGGGUAACCCAGCAAGGGCCAGUGAUGAUUUCCCCCAGCUCAUCACCUUGUUUUCCCACAACCCAACCAUUCUCCAAAGAAAGCAGGGCAGUGACUAGGUCUUAGGCCAGUGCACACAGGAAGAAAUUGAGGCUUAUGGAUGGGGAUGACUUCCCUAAGAUCCUAUGGGACAAGGAUGUGGCAAGGCUUGGAUGAGAUGGGGCACCGGUGCCCAGGAAUUUGAACAUUUCCCUUUACCCAGGAAAUCUCCGGAGCCAACACCACCACGCCCAGGGGGUCUCCCCACCCCACCCCAUUUACGGGGUGAGCUCAGCCUGUCAUGAGCAGAGGAAAAUAUUAUUAAUGCUGAGUCUUUACAACAGGAGCUCUUACCUCAUAGAUGUGGACUCUGUUUGGGGAAGAUGCAAGGAAGUAAUGAGAAGCCCAGGAACUUUCUCCACCUGUGUUUAUGGCCUAAAUAGCUUCAGGAUGUAUCUUAGCUGCACUCCAACAUUGCAUCCUUUCUGCGGUGAAGAAUCUGGGCCAACCAGGGGUCCUUGGGCCUCUAGUAGGCCUCUCUUUGUGGGAAUGGAAGGGGACAGUUUGCUUUUAGUGCUGGCCCUCUCUGUGGGUGUGGCCUGCAAAGGAACCAACAGACCCUAUGCUGGGGACUCUAACAUGUGAGCUCAUUAAAUUCUUCCAGCAUUCUAAAGGAGGCUUUGUGAUUGUCACCAUUUACUGAUGAGGAAACUAAGGCUCCUAGGGGAGAAAUCACUUGCCCACAGUUCCACAGCUAGUGAGUGAAUGAACCAGGAUUUAAACUGGUUUUUUCUCACUACAGAGACAAUAUUUUUCCACCAUUGUAUCUCACAUUUUUCCCAGGAGGUUACCCAUAACAGAAGAGACUAGAGUGGAACAGAUACGUCAGUGGAUAAAGCUCAAAGCAAACAACAGUAAGCUUAAAAUUCCUUCAUAGUCUCAUGUUUUACUUUCACAAUUCUUGCAAAAUUUGCAUUCCACUUUCUGAUUUAGCCUGGUUGGUUUUAAUAUGACUCUAUGAAUAUUUCAAAAAAAAAUGUGCUCUGUUCCUCAUGUUGUUCUGUUCUGUUCACCCCGCUAUGACGGACCCUAGGUCAGCUGGUCUUGAGCUUGACCCUAGAAUUGACUCUAGGAGCAGUGACCCUGCUGCCUCCCAGAGCCAGUUAUAGGCUCAAGAUCAAGACCAACUGACCUUCUCCUAGGCAGCUCCUUUGGUGUGUGGGUGCUCUGACCUCACUGUUCAUGAGGGGACCUCAACUAAGGCAUCUUCCAGUUGGGUGCUGGAAGGAACCCAUUAACUCACACUAGAAUGAUGAGGAUUUGCUCAUCUGGCGUGGAGAAGGAUGAGCCCACAAAACCCUAAAGGGAAAGGAGAAGCUGGACACAGCUGUACUCAGCAGAUUCCUGAAUGCUAGGCUGGAAAGUGGUGCCUGUUGUCCAAGUGGAGUCACAUGGUUGCUAAUGUGGGCAAGUCUGAGGACACACUUCAUGAGCAGCUGGGGUCUGGAAGGCUCCUCACUUUACCCUAGCCACACAUAAUUACUGGGUGCCUACAGCACCUAGCACCUUGGAGGGGACACUAUUAGGAAAUCAAGAUUACUAUGGCACAAUUAAUUCCUGGGUAAGGCAUGGGGUUGUGGUGGACAGAGCUCAGUCUUUAGUUUGAACAAAAACAUACAUACAUGAAAAACAUGCAUGAAAAGAGGACCCUCAUCAACAUUAGAAGGGGUAGAUUUGGAGCACUUUAGGCAGGAAAACAGGAAUGCAAGGCCAGGAAACUGGAACCCAGUGAAUACUCAGAACCAAGGAUGCAGAUGACUUAUUUAGCAAAAUGGUCACUUCUGUGACAUAGCUGGACAAAGGAUGGGUAACAGCUUGCCAGAGCCACUUGGAACAAGGGCAAAUCUCAGUGUCUGGGGCAAAAGAUGAUGCAUUUCCCUCUGACCCAUCAUGUUUAUUCAUCCUCCACUCCCCAUUGCCACACUAGCUCUUGCUGUAAGUCCUCACCAGGAUCUACAUUUCCUCGUCGCUGGUGGGAACCCCUUAGAGUACACAGAGGUAUCAGUCCAGUAAGACUGCUCUACACAACAGAAGUGAGGCCCAGGGAGUAGCAGCCAGGCCCUUAUCCUGUUACCUCUGCAGGAGUGACUGCCCAACCCAGAUCCAGAGACAUUGAAGGAAAUGAUAAUUCCUUGGUACCUCACUGCCUUGGGACAAAAUGAAGAAAGCCACCCUUCCUUAGGCUGCAGCUUGCUACUCCUGGGCUGGGUAAACAGGUCAUCAGCACCAAGCUCAACCAGGAGUAACACUCUGGAAGACAUGGGUGAGCCCAAGAGGAAGCAUGAACAGGAUGCUGUUCCUAAGUCAUGUCAACAGGUUGUGCUGGGCCAGGAUCCCCAGGGAAAAAAAUGGUCAACCCAACUGGAGGGUAGGUUAGAAGAAAAGAAACAUAAACGUGGAUAGUCAUGUCAUCUCAAAUCCCCGACUUGCCUUCCCCAUUACUUAACAGUCUGAGUUCCUUCUCAGCCUAUGACCAGCUUCAAAUCACAGCCAAGUAAAACAAGGAAAUAGGAAAAGUAAAUCCAACUAGAAGAGACAAGCUGAGAUUCAGAUUUGUUUACUCCUCCCAUGCAAAGGUUCCCUGUUGGAGGUUUUCCAUGUAUACAUGUCUAGAAGUGAUAGAAUGCAAGGCCUUGGCUUCGUCUUGCAGGGAUCUGCCUUUGAGGUCAUAGACUGAACAGCAGGGAGAGAGGUUAGUGGUGGAGCGUGGGGGGAGCUGUUCUAGCUCCAGUUUCUUCUGACACAUUUUUCAGGAUCAUGGAUCUGAUCCUCCAAAGCACAGCAGAGAUAUCUAAGCCAUAUUUGUGCACAUGAGCAGACUCUUCUAGUUUUUUAGUAACCAGGGAUGGGCUUUUGCAUGGCACUGACUAUAGAGAUGUCUUGUAGAGAUCAAGCCAGUCUUUUGCAUCCCACCUGCCCACCUCCAGAAGAGAUGGGAAAAGGUCAUCAAAGGGCAUUCACCAACUGAAAUCCACUCAUGAAUGUUAGGUCUCUAAAAGGAGGCAUCAACACUCACAAUGGUAGCCUCCAAACCUAGCAUCCCACCUAUCUAAGAGCUCAGGGGUGGUCCACUGGGGCAGAUACAAGGGAAGUGCAAGGGCUCAGGAUGAAAGAAAAUCUAUUGGGAGGAGUUUUAGGGGCUUGAUCAUUAUGGGGCUUCCUUCUAUAUCUGAGAACUGCUCUGGGUGGUGAGAUGUGGACUCUGAUCCUUAAUCGGAAUAUUCAGAGAAUGAGUGUCUGGUGGCCUUGAAGUGUUGGACAGAAAAGUAUCAGUAUAAAAGCCUGGAGCUCAGGGUAAUUAAUGUAUUUCAUGGUUCCUUAGUGAGCAGGACUCUUGGAUGUGGAGGAGAAAGGGUCAUAGGAAGUAAACCACCAAAAUUACAAAAUUGAGUCUCUGUACAAUUACUUCAGUGCCUUUGGGCUUAUGAAUACAAAUCAGUGGGCCUUCUCUAUGAUGGUCCAACAAACUCUCAGUGUCCACCCUGUCCCUGUAUCUCCCAUGGAAGAUGAAUAAUGUCAGGUGUUCUUUGGGUCAAAGGCCCCAGGGCAGUCUGGAGGCUUAGAGGGCAGAGUGGUGUCAUUCCAUGUAAAGUUAGGCUUCUGAGGGGUCAGGCAGAAUAUGGUGUCCAUAUCUUCCAUAGCUCUGCAGAUUCUUGGAUGAAGUCAAGCACAGUUUGCUAGACCCAGGUCACUCCUCUGAGUAUAAUUAGGACCCAUGAGUGAAACUUAAUAGCUGUAAGGAAGAACCUGCUGUCUGCCAGAGAGGAUAAGCUGCCCAUCUCAGCAGCUGUCUAAAAGAAGGCAGGUGUCUCUUUAAAGGGAAGAGAAGCAUUGGUGAAAUGGAUUUCAGGUCACUUCCAUUCCAGAUGGGUGAGAUCUUGUGGAGCUGGGAUCAUGUUUGAACUCAUUCAUACCUGUAGAGCACGAAUCCAAGUAGAUUGUGUUUGGUCUGUACAGGCUGAAGCCCCCUGCUCUCCCACCCAAGUGCCCCCACUGAGCAGGCCAACAUGCUGUUGUGGCCACAUACACUGGGCUGAUCCAGGCUGGUUAUCACCAAACAGCAAACCAUAGGGAACAGCUGCUUUGCCAUAGACCCAAUACCCAUGUAGAUCUCUCAUGAGAGCAGCCAUAACUCAGACCCACUGACCAACAGGGCCAUGAGUGACAGCCAGAACCAGUGAAGGUCCAAGUAGGACACAGAGCAGGGCUUUUCUUACCAUACACAUUAUCUCCAGAGGUUAUUUCUACCCCACUCCCUAUUCAAGGCCUGUUGGAGCACAUUGCAAAAGCAAAAGCACAGUAACUCAAUUUACACAUGAUUAUAAUCAUUUCCAAUGCACACAUUUCAUCACCAGGUGGAUCCUGAGCUAGCCCAUGUAAAUCCGGGUUAACCCAUAUUGGUAAUCAUACUCAAAAGCACUUUUCACCCUACAUUCUACCAGCCAAUCAAAGACAAAGAGUUGUGGCCUCUACCAUUGCCUUGGCUUCUGGACACCCUCACAAGCUAUCCCAAGGUUCCCGCUCAACUCCAGGGAGGCUGACAUCUUCACAUCCACUGGGCAUAUAAUAUUGCAUGAGACCAAAGUCUCCACACUCUUUGCAGCCUCCUCCAUGAAUCCCAAUGGCCUGCACUUGUACAGUUUGGGUGUUUCAUAGAUAAAGCACGUAUGAGAAGAGAAAACAAAAUAAAUCAACUUUUUAAAAAAGCCAGCACUGUGCUGUCAAUGUUUUUUUUUUUCAAUUCUAGCUCAAAAAAGCAGAAGGUAAAUAAUGUCAGGUCAAUGAAUAUCAGAUAUAUUUUUUGACUGUACAUUACAGUGAAGUGUAAUCUUUUUACACCUGCAAGUCCAUCUUAUUUAUUCUUGUAAAUGUUCCCUGACAAUGUUUGUAAUAUGGCUGUGUUAAAAAAUCUAUACAAUAAAGCUGUGACCCUGA